GGUUAACUACUAAUGUACCACUACCAGUGGCAGGUUAACUACUAACGUACCACUACCAGUGGCAGGUUAACUACUAAUGUACCAGUGGCAGGUUAACUACUAACGUACCACUACCAGUGGCAGGUUAACUACUAAUGUACCAGUGGCAGGUUAACUACUAACGUACCACUACCAGUGGCAGGUUUUAACCACUAGAUGGCAGGUAGCUUAAUGGUUAGAGCGUUGGAUUAGUAACCGAAAGGUUGCAAGAUCGAAUCCCCGAGCUGACAAGGUAAAAAUCUGUCGUUCUGCCCCUGAAACAGGCAGUUAACCCACUGUUCCUAGGCUGUCAUUGUAAAUAAGAAGUUGUUCUUAACUGACUUGCCUAGUUAAAUAAAGGUAGAACAAAAAAUGUACCACUACCAAUGGCAGGUUAACUACUAAUGUAUCAACGGCAGGUUAAUUACUAAUGUACCAAUGGCAGGUUAACUACUAACAACUGUACAUUCUAGCACUCAUACUAUCCCCUUCCUGUGUUGCACUUCCUAUGGUCAGAGCAACUCCAUAUUCCGGGACACAGUUCCACCCCCUGCCCCGGCACUGAAGGCUCAGACCAGCCCAUUGGCCAGUAUGUUCACGCAGGACACACCCACAACAAACUCAGUCACCAGAGAGACUGAGAGUGGCACAGACUACAGGGACAAUGGAGGGGAGGAGAGUGGCGGUCUAGGUCCCAGGUCAGUGUCUGUGGCCACAGGACUCAACAACAUUGUGAAGAGACCCAGGGUCCGCACCAUCUUCCCCCACACCUCUGGGACCAACUCUACACUGCUCAGCUUUGACGAGGGAGACAUCAUCACCCUGCUCAUACCUGAUGAGAGGGACGGAUGGCUCUACGGAGAACUGGAGAAAACCAGGCA